GCCAGUGACCGAUACGUUCAUCAUCAACCCCGAGCCUUCGUCGGGUAUCCGUCAAUGUCCUCGAAGUGCGCAUACCGAGAACCGCCACUUGCAUGCGUUGCGUCCAUCAAUGUCGGUGUCGGGGCGUCAUCCUCUGACCGCCAUCAGGGCAAGAAUGUGAUGACCGCCCAAGGUAGUAGAGACAGUUGUCCUCCCCCUGCCGGAUUCGCAACAGGGCUCGUGCGCAUUGACAGUGAUCGUCUUCCGAUGUCUAACCAGACAACGACGACGCAGGCCGACGUGAGGGACGACACCGGUUGUAAAUCACCAUUGUGUCACCGAGCUGGCAUGGAGAACAUCACUCGUGGAGUGUCUAACAUGUGGGCACACAAUGAUGGUGGCAUUGGUGAUGCGGCAUACCGCGAUGACGACAACGAUGGAGACACGAAGGACAUCGAAGUAGGGGAUGACGAUGGGAACAUCGAUAUUUGGUCGUUGGGAAAGAGGGCAGGGAGGGCAAAAGGGCGAGGGAGAGGCGGUGGUCGAGGUCGAUCCGGUGGCCGGGGUGGCAGAGGCGGCGCAUCCAAGGACGGUGCCAAAUCGGCAACGUAUAGGACAACGAAGGAGCAAAUGCUCCUCGUCAGAUGCAAGCGGGAGCAAGACAUGCACAUGGCUGGGAUGGGCCACAAUUACGGUCGGAUGCGAACGAGGGACUGGAAGUGGGAGGACAUAGCAAAACAGCUGGCCGCGUUGGGGACGGUGAAAGACGCCAACGAUUGCUUCCGGAAAUGGGACAAUCUCUUCCAUAACUACAAUAGUCAAACUGCCAAAUGAACCCCACCCAUCUUCCCACGGUGGAGUCUAUAGGCUUGUAAUUUUUUAGAGCCCCUGCGACGUUUGUCGGAUCUAUUCUUAAGAUGAACCUC